GAUAACUGUUCCAACUGGUAAAUACGGCGUUAUUUAACAAAAAAAUUAGUCCACCAUUAUUAUUUUACUUUUAGUUGCUUAAUAGAGAGUAUUACAUUUUGUUUCACUAGCAGUAACGAAAAUUCCAAAAAAAAAAACCAUGUCGUUCGCAACACCAACAUAUGAAUUGUGUACAUCGCGUUUUUGUAAUAUUUGUCUUUUUUUCGAAACGGAAAAGCGGAAGAAAGGUUUCAAACCAACAGAAACUCUUCCGGCUGAAAAACUUCAGUUUUGUGCCAAUUGUAGAUUGGUUGUGUAUUGUAGUAAAGAGCAUCAACGUUUUGACUGGCCAAUACACCGCGAAUUUUGCCGCACUGUGGCUAAAAUUAUGAAAGGUCUCGGUGUUAAACAUCCUUUGCAAAUUAGUGGCCAACCUUUUGACACGAUCACCUUGGAACGUAACAUAAUCCAAUUAAAGUAUUUGCUGCGAGUAGCAAUGAAGCGUCCACUUCAGAGUCAUGAAGAAGAGCUUACUUCAUUUCCUGCAUAUUGUGAAAUUUGCUAUAAAUUCGACAAAUUGCAAAUUUGUAAUGUAUGUAUGGCUGUUUCAUAUUGUUCACCGGAACAUAAAGCACUAGAUAAACAGCGUCACAACAAUUUUUGUGCUAAACUCAAACUAUAUUACUGCCCCUACAAAUGUCAACUGCAACUACCGAUACAGACAUUAAUAGGAGACUUGGAUAAGCCGGUACGAAAUAUGGUGGAAACAGAUUUGUUGGGUGCCUUUCAAGAAAUGACAUCAAAGAACUUGCCUUUAGAUCCGACGGCAUCAAUGGAAGCCUAUCAUCUAUUUGCAGGAGUUUGUGAUUUCAGUUGUGUUGGCACUAUUUGCUUUGCAUUACAAUUUACUAAAAUGAAUGAAUAUACUCCAAAGAAAUUUGUAAUCUUCAUCGUGGGUGCUACGACCGAGCAAGAUAUUUCGUUUAAACCAAUUCACACAAAAUGGUUUUUCUUACAAUAUCCACAAAUUAAAAAUUUGGAAUUGUACUUUAUUGGGCCGGAAGUAGUUGGCUCUGAUAAAAACUUUUCUAUUUCUUGUCAGGGCGUUGAACGCACAGUUACGUGUAAAAGCUUCUGCAUGCUAUUUCAAGAUUUUCUGAAAAAAUAUAUUAUACGACCACAAUUAAUUGUAGCUUUUAAUUGUGGAUUUUCUGCGAAUGACGGAAUAACAAAAGAAGGAAAAAUAAUGACAAACAAAUUCGCGGGAGUACCCGGGGAUGGCUUUCCGAAGAUUGAUCCAUGGGUCGAUGGCAUCUCACAAAUUAUACAUAGUUACGGUACACCAAUCAUAUUCACUUCCUAUACCCGAUUGGAAGCAACUUUGGAUUAUGGCGCCUUGCUCAAUAUCGCUACUGCGGAUUGCUUGACGACGAAUGUUAAACGUUUGUUUGAUAUUAGGCAUAAUCCUUAUCGUGAUAUCCGUCCAUUCCGAAAUUGGCAGGAAACUUUUGAGGAUACCAUUUUUUAUCGAAAUAACUAUGUGCAAGCCGUUAUAACACAUGCUACAAGGAAGUGAAAACAAAUAGUAAUAAGCAUAAAACUAAUAAUUUUUAUAUGUAUGUAUUUACUUUUACACAAACAUUUUGUCUGUAAGCAUUUACUUUUAACUUUUUAUACAAAUUUGACAAACUUUACAUUUUUGAUAUAGUAUGUGCGUAAGA